CAUCGCGGUGGACCAAAAUUCGCGAGUCGUACUGCCAAACACAUCCAAGCGUUGGAAUUCAUCGUAUCCUUCACCAAUCCCUCUUCCCUCUAUCUUCCUUCUUGUCUCUCCUCCACACCCCCCCUACUCACUCCCCUCUAAUGGCGCCCACAUCUCAGGGUUCCGUCGUCUCCGAGAACAAGAACAAUGCUGCGUGCAUGCCGAAUAAGCCGGCGCCGACGGCAAAUGGAGCGACGGUGAAGUUCAAUCCCUGUUUGUCGGAGAACAAGACGUCCAUCAGGGGAGUGGUGGCGCAGCUGCUGGCGAUGGUUAAUCCGGAGAAGCCGCUGAUAUCCCUCGGGGUCGGGGACGCCUCCUCGUUCCCGUGCUUCCGGAAGGGGAAGGACUUUUCAGACUCCCUCCUCGCCGCUGUUUCUUCCUCCAUGUUCGACUGCUAUCCCCCCUCCUACGGCUUCCCCUUUGCCCGCAGGGCGGUGGCGGAAUUCCUGUCGAAGGGAGUGAAGCAUGGCAUCCGGGAGGACAGCGUGUACCUGACGGUGGGAGGGACGCAGGCCAUCCAGGUCUGCUUGACGGUGCUGGCGAGCCCCGGCAGCAACCUGCUCCUCCCUCGGCCGGGCUUCCCCCCUUACGAGACCGCCUGCGAGCUCGCCGGCGUCGAGGCCCGGUACUACGACCUGGCGCCCCGGCGUGGCUGGGAGAUGGACGUGUCCCAACUCCGCUCCCUGGCCGACGCCAACACCGCCGCGCUGGUCAUCAUCAACCCCAACAACCCCUGCGGCGCCGUCUACUCCUCCACCCAUCUCCAACAGAUCGCCGAGACCGCCAGAGACCUAAACAUCCCUAUCAUCGCCGACGAGAUCUACGGGCACAUGGUCUUCGGUGGAAGCAGAUUCAUCCCGAUGGCCUCCUUCGCUCACCUGACUCCCGUCAUCACCAUCGGAGCCUUGUCGAAGCGUUGGAUGCUCCCCGGUUGGCGUCUCGGAUGGCUCGCCAUUUGUGACCCUCAUGGGCUUAUAAAGCAGGUGAAGGUGGCGACGGAGAUGCUCAUGAACGUUACUUCGGGACCUGCAUCUGUGGUUCAGGCAGCAGUUCCUGGAAUUCUCUCUGAUUCCCAUGAAGAGUUCCACAGGAAUGUCCUCACGGUGCUGGAAUCCUCACUGGAUGCCCUUUAUGCCAGGAUUGGUCAGAUCGAAGUCCUCCAGUGCCACUCUCGACCUCAGGGUUCAAUGUUCAUGAUGGUGGAGAUCAACACAACACUCGUGUUUGGCAUUGAGAACGAUAUGGAUUUUGCAAAGGAGCUGAUCAGAGAAGAAUCUGUGCUCGUGCUGCCAGGCUCUGUCAUUGGAUUGAAGAACUGGAUCAGGAUCUUCUUUGGAAUUCCUGCAGAUGUACUGAGGGAGGCUUGUGACAGGAUCGAGUCUUUCUGCAAGAGGAGGCAGAUUAAGAGCUCAAGCAUUCUGUGACCACAUGCUACCAAAAUAACAUCCACAUGAUAUCUAUCCAUGUAUAUGUAUCCAUGUAUAUACACAUAUAUAGGGUUGAUAGAUGCACUGUAAUAGUAACAAGCACCAGAAAACCCCACUGCAGUAGCAAUUUAAAUGUAAUAACAUUUGUAUGUAAAUUUUGGAACAGGUGAUAAUAAUGACACUUGCCAUAGUAAAAUGUUUAUUUUA